AUGAAUGCGAAUUUGCGUUCACCAAUUUUUUGCCUAGCCGUGUUGUUGUGCCUGGUGGCGCAUGCGCGUGCGACAUACAAAUUGCAGGAACGUUACAGCUGGACACAAUUGGAUUUCGCUUUUCCGAGUGCUAAUUUGAAGCAGCAAGCGCUCGCCAGCGGCGAUUAUGUGCCACAAAAUGCAUUGCCUGUGGGCGUGGAGCAUUGGGGCAAUCGGCUGUUUGUAACGGUACCACGUUGGCGUGACGGUAUUCCCGCUACCUUGACUUACAUCAACAUGGACCAUAGUGUAACUGGCUCACCGGAGCUCAUUCCAUAUCCCGAUUGGCGUAGCAACACAGCUGGCGAUUGUGCAAACAGCAUCACCACCGCGUAUCGCAUUAAGGCGGACGAGUGUGGCCGCCUAUGGGUACUUGACACCGGCACUGUUGGCAUUGGCAACACCACCACCAAUCCAUGCCCGUAUGCGGUGAACGUCUACGACUUGACCACCAACACACGUAUACGCCGUUAUGAGUUGCGCGCCGAUGACACCAAUGCCAACACUUUUGUUGCCAACAUCGCUGUGGAUAUUGGCAAGUCAUGCGACGAUGCAUUCGCUUACUUUUCCGAUGAACUCGGCUAUGGUUUGAUUGCUUAUUCGUGGGAACAGAAUAAAUCGUGGCGUUUUUCGGCGCACUCAUACUUCUUCCCGGAUCCCUUGCGCGGCGACUACAAUAUUGCCGGCUUGAACUUCCAAUGGGGUGAGGAGGGCAUCUUUGGCAUGGCACUUUCACCCAUACGUUCCGAUGGCUAUCGUACUAUGUUCUUCAGCCCUCUGGCCAGUCAUCGUCAUUUCGCCGUAUCGACGCGCAUUUUACGCGAUGAGAGUCGUGUCGAAGAUAGUUAUCAUGAUUUUGUGGCGCUAGAUGAACGUGGCCCCAACUCGCAUACGACGGCGCGUGUUAUGAGCGAUGAUGGCAUUGAGCUGUACGAUUUAAUUGAUCAAAAUGCCGUGGGCUGUUGGCAUUCAUCGAUGCCGUACACACCACAAUUUCAUGGCAUUGUGGAUCGGGAUGAUGUCGGUCUGGUGUUUCCGGCCGAUGUGAAGAUCGAUGAAAAUAAAAAUGUGUGGGUACUCUCCGAUCGUAUGCCGGUAUUUUUGCUCUCCGAUCUCGACUACAAUGACGUCAACUUCCGCAUUUACUCUGCGCCGCUGAGCACUUUGAUUGAGAACACCGUCUGCGAUAUACGUAACAACGCCUAUGGGCCAUCGAAUUCGGUUGGCUCGGUUAGCAGUUUCUAUGACACGCCCACGAGUACGAAUAAUAUUUAUGGUCCACAUUUGGGUAUUGGUGGUGGUAACAAAGUGUACGGUCCACCGAAUCCAGUGAAUGUGCCGAAACCGCAGACGCGUCUGAACAAACCCUACUUGCCGCCACUGCCUACAAAGCCGGUUGUGCAAGCGGAUGUGCCACGUGUCGCUCCGCCAAGCCGCAAUUAUCUACCGCCAUUGAUGGGCACUGGCUACACAACGCAGCGCGCCGACUCAGCCAAGGCGUACGUCUUCAACAAUGGUCUCACCUAUGAAGCUGGUGGACCACAUCUGUUUCCGAUACAAGCGGAGGGUUUGAAGAACUAUGUGACAACUCGCACGUCCGGCUGGUGGAUGCAGCGCUGA